GUUUGUGUUUGUGGGACUUUUGGUUAUGGAUCAAUAAUACACAAUGUAAAUUAUUGAGAGGCUAUCUAUCUAUAGUAGUUAUACCUAAUUGUUUAUCGGAAAUUUGCUCACUGUGACGCCUUGUGUUCCUCCUCUUGAGUGUGAGGGAUGGCUGCCAGAGAAGGAGAAUGUGACCAGAGAACGGAGGAGGAGAGGGCGAUUGAUGACUGGCUUCCGAUCACGUCGUCAAGGACGGCCAAAUGGUGGUACUCAACUUUCCACAAUGUGACUGCCAUGGUUGGAGCUGGUGUCCUCAGUCUUCCAUAUGCCAUGUCUAGCAUGGGAUGGGGAGCUGGUGUGACAAUGUUGAUAAUAUCAUGGAUCAUCACCCUCUACACACUAUGGCAAAUGGUGGAGAUGCACGAGAUGGUUCCUGGGAAGAGGUUCGACAGGUACCACGAGCUAGGCCAGCACGCAUUUGGGGAGAAACUCGGACUAUACAUCGUGGUUCCUCAGCAAGUGGUGGUCGAGGUCAGCACGUGCAUCAUCUACAUGGUCACCGGGGGAAAAUCCUUGAAGAAGACGUACGAGUCCUUGUGCUCCGACUGCAGGGAGAUCAAGCUCACCUACUUCAUCUUGAUCUUCGCCUCUGUCCACUUUUUCCUCUCCCACCUCCCCAACUUCAACUCCAUCUCUGUUGUUUCCCUUGCAGCAGCUGUCAUGUCCCUGACCUACUCUACCAUUGCUUGGACAGCUGCACUUGCAAAAGGAAGUGAUGGUCAUGUGGACUACGGGCCAAGGGGCAAGAACACGAAGGACAAUGUGUUCAAUUUCUUCAACGCGUUGGGAGACAUAGCCUUCGCCUAUGCUGGACACAACGUGGUGUUGGAGAUCCAAGCAACGAUCCCAUCUCCUUCCAAAAAACCUAUGUGGAAGGGAGUUGUGUUUGCAUAUAUUAUUGUCGCCCUCUGCUACUUGCCCGUUGCAUUCAUCGGGUACUACAUUUUUGGGAACGAGGUGGAGGACAACAUCCUGCUUGGGCUCAACAAGCCAGAAUGGCUCAUUGCUGCUGCUAACAUCUUUGUGUUUGUACAUGUUGUCGGAGGCUACCAGAUAUAUGCAAUGCCGGUUUUCGACAUGUUGGAGACGUAUUUGGUGAAGGAGAUCAAGUUGAAGCCUAGUUUCUGGCUUCGUUUCACUACCCGUACCAUAUACGUUGCAUUGACUAUGUUUAUUGGUAUGACAUUCCCCUUCUUUGGUGGACUGGUUGGAUUCUUUGGAGGAUUUGCUUUGGCUCCAACUACUUACUUUCUUCCUUGCAUCAUCUGGCUAAUUGUGAAGAAGCCCAAGAAGUUCAGUUUCUCCUGGAUUAUUAACUGGGUGUUUAUUAUAUUGGGUUUGAUGCUAAUGACAUUGGCGCCCAUUGGAGGGCUAAGGAACAUCAUUCUAUCAGCCAAGACCUACAAGUUCUACCAAUAGAUUUGUCUCCUUGUUUAUCGUUUGAAUUUCAAUAACAUAUGUUCCUCAUGUUUGGCUACAUAUCAGUUAUCGAUGUUGACCAAAUUGACCUAAAGAAUUCAUCUUUGCUGCAAUUUUUGUCA